AUGUCUGUGAUUUUCGAACUGAACGACUACGUCCAACCACCGCCAGCCCCGGGUUCUGGGUCUGGCCAACAACACCCUUUGACGAACGGCGCCGUGUUGACACAAGACGCCAUCGACGCCAACGCAGCAAAGUACCACUUCACAGACGUGAUCGCGCCACCGGACACUUUGAGGUCGCCGCUACAGACGCCGGAGAGGAUCGCCAUGCACCACCCGAGUCUGUCUGGGUUUCCGACGUUCGUGGCCGCCGGAACCAUCGACAGCGUGGAUCCCCGGUCUCGACGAGGGGGGGGAGGGGGAAACCCGUCGUCGUCGUCGAACUCGGCACACAACACCGUAUACCAACUCCAGUUACUCGUGCGGAUGAAGAAUUACGCCACGGAUCUUUGUGUGCGCAUCAACGUGCCCAUGAAGGAGAUUGCACUGGACGAAGGCGAGGUGGAGGCCGAGGUGGUGUUUGCCAGAGAGUUGCUCGAGAGGGUUGUGGCCACCUUGGAAGUCCGUGACUUCGGCCUCUUCGGUGCUGCUGCUUAA